CUAAUAUGUUGGCUUAAUUAAUGUCCUUUAAAGUGAAUUCAGUGGUACAAAAUGAAAUUGAAGCAGAUUUAUAAGAAAUUUAACAAUAGUUGGAAGUUAUAUUUACAAUAUUAUUUAGAUCUCCUACAAUAGGAUUAACGAUUUUAUUGAGAAUAUUUUUGUCCCAAUAAAUUGCAUUUCUAGUACCAAUACACCACCACCAAGGUUUGAUCAAAGUUUGAAUUAAUAUAUUCAAUAAAUUCCCUCAAACACAAUCAAUUUAUAAAAUAAGUUGCUUUAGAAAAUAACUCCAAUAGUAAAGGCAAUGGUUUCAAAAUAAGUCUAAAAAGUUGAAUAAACUUUGAACAAAUCCUAAUUCAAGCUAACUUAGGAAUUAUAGUAGAAAAUAAUUAAUUUCCAAGAAACAUAAUCGAAAUAUGAGGAGAUUAUUAAAAUAAAGGAUUAAGAGAUUGGACAAAUCAAAAUUUAGAUAAAAGAGUAGUAAUAAAUUGAGGUUCAAAUAAAUCAAAAUUAAAAAGAAGUAGAAGUUCUAUAAAAUUAAUAAAGAGAUGGUUUAAAAACUAAUUAAGGGAAUCAAUAAUUGAUAAAUGAUUUCAAGAUAAAGGAAGAAGAAUAGACAAAAUUAAUUUCAGAUCUAAGGAAUCAAAAUGAAAGAUUGAUAAUUGAAUUGAAAGAAGUUGAGUAAUAAAGUAACAAUUAUUCUAUUUCCAUUAGAGGUUGAAUCUGAAAUUAAGCUACAACAGAAACAAUAAGAGCUAGAAAAGUGCUAAGAAUCGAAUGAGAAGAACGAGGAAAUAUUGAAAUAGUUAUAAUAACAAAAUAUAGUAUAGGUAAAGAAUACGAGUAAUUAGGAAUGGGAAUUUUCACAAUCAUUGACAUUUUCAACAACUUAUAAACAUAAAAAUCUUUAAGUAACUUAAAAUGGAAAGUUUAUUGAAAAUGCUUAAAUUGGUUGGUGUUGCGCAAUAUGUGAUUAAAUGAUACCUAAGAAUGGAGUUGUCUAAUUUGCAAUCAAAAUAAUUGAAAAAGGAAGAAUAAUGAUAGGAAUUGGCUUUAGAGAUAAUGUGUAGAGUAAGGAGUAUUAUGAUUGUUAUUCUAUUGGAGGAGGGUAUUUAUAUUUCUAUUAUUAAUUUAAAUUAGAACAUAUAAUAUAUGGGAUGAGGGGUAUUGUUAUAAUCACGAUUAACAAGAUAAAACGGAGGAGGUAGCAUUUCCAUACUCAAUAAAUGAUAUUAUAAUAGUGGAAGUGGAUAUAAAUAAUAAAUAUAUAACUUGGAAAAAGUCAUCCACGAAUUUAUCAUUCGUAUUAAUUUUAAUUUUUAUUAUUAGGCUAUGACAAUUGACACGUCAAAAGAUUUAUAUCCUUGUGUACAUCUGAGUGGUCAAUCUAAAGUUGAAAUAUUAAAUUAAUUGCCAUAAUGA